ACAAAGGCAGUGAGAGUGUUCACUUGGUUAUUUGGACACAAUGUGGCAGUGCUGCUUACUGGUCCUGGUGGGCUCCCUUCUCAUGGUGGGGGCCCAGUUCCCCAGAGAGUGUGUGACACCCGAGGGGCUUCAGAGCGGAGAGUGUUGCCCUUCCCCGUCAGGCCCAGGCGACGACCCUUGUGGCUCCAGAGAGGGCCGAGGUCAAUGCGUGUCUGUGGAGGUGGACGCGAGCCCCCACGGUCCCCAGUACCCGCACGAUGGACGGGAUGAUCGGGAGCGGUGGCCAGCGCGGUUCUUCAGUCGGACGUGUCAGUGCAACGGCAACUUUGGCGGUUUUAACUGCGGUCGGUGCAGACAUGGAUGGACCGGAACCAACUGUGAUCAGAGGGUGGCUGUUGUGAGGAGAAACGUCAUGCAACUCAGCGCUCAGGAGAAGCUGGCCUUCGUGGAUGCCUUGGACCGGGCCAAGCGGACCGUACAUCCUGACCUGGUCAUCGCCACCCGGCGCUAUGCAGAGAUUUUCGGCCCAGAUGGAAACACAACACAGUUCGAGAACAUCACCAUCUACAACUACUUUGUGUGGAGUCAUUACUACUCUGUCAGUAAGACUUUCCUGGGGGCCGGACAGCCAAGUUUCGGAGGGGUGGAUUUCUCCCAUGAGGGUCCUGGUUUUGUCACCUGGCAUCGGUACCACCUGAUCCAGCUAGAGAGGGACAUGCAGGACAUGCUGCAGGACCCCACGUUCGCCCUACCCUACUGGAACUUCGCCAUUGGGGGCAACACAUGUGACAUCUGCACGGACGAUCUCAUGGGCGCCCGGAGCAGCUUUGACAUCAACUCCCUCAGCCCCAACUCCAUCUUUUCGCAGUGGAGGGUCAUCUGCGAGAGCGUGGAUGACUACGACACGCUGGGAACUAUUUGCAACAGCACUGAGACGUCACCGAUAAGACGGAACCCUGCAGGGAACGUGAACAGACCCAUGGUGCAACGUCUACCCGAGCCUCAGGAUGUUGCUGACUGCCUGCAAGUGGAUGCUUUUGAUACACCGCCAUACUACUCCACAUCCUCGGAAAGCUUCAGAAACACAAUAGAAGGCUACAGCGCCCCCAAGGGUAACUAUGAUCCUGUGGUGAGGAGCCUCCAUAACCUGGCUCACCUCUUCCUGAACGGCACCGGUGGACAGACCCACCUUUCACCCAACGACCCCAUCUUUGUGUUGCUGCACACCUACACAGACGCUAUAUUCGACGAAUGGCUGCGAAGGCAUAACCCAGGUUCAGCUGUAUACCCUGAAGAAAACGCUCCUAUUGGUCACAACAGGGGAUACAAUAUAGUGCCUUUUUGGCCCCCGGUUAGCAACAUUGAGAUGUUUGUAACCGCUCCUGAAAAUCUGGGUUACUCCUAUGAAGUUGAAUGGCCAGGUCAAGCGUUCACAAUGAUUGAAAUCAUCACAAUGUGCGUCAUCGCCGCCCUACUCCUCGUCGCUACCAUCUUUGUUGCCACCACCUGUGUCAUGCGUUCCCGCGCGUCCAUGGCAGAGGGCCGCCAGCCGCUCCUCGAGGACCAGUACCAGCGCUACGGGGACCUCAAAGGCCAAUCUGUCGUCUAAAAUACUGUAACACUCUUGGCUCAACCAAACACCAGACCAGGCGGGCGGAACAACAGCCGUUUUUUUAUUGAGCACAAAAGAACCAACUAACUAACUAACUAACAUCCGGGUUCUGGCUUACUUCCUGUCCCUUCCCCAUUUCCUUCCCAACCCCGGAACAUAUCUCCCCACUGCAACACAUGCACAAACACAUCACAUAAUACCCCUAACGGUCAUUACAAUACUGUAUCAUAUAAUAAUGUUGUUUUUGUAAUUUUGUCACCAUAUGUGCCUCUUCAAUACAACACUGCUUAUUUAUAUACUGAACAAAGAGAUAUUUGUGUUGGAAGUUGAUUGGUUUCGCAUGUUUAAGUUUAUGCAGACUUGCUAGACUAGACCUAUUUUGGUGCAAAUAAUAUUCAAAUAUAUAAUGUAAAAAUAAACACAAUUUAUUAUACAACCACAAUGCUCGUAACCCAUGAAAACACAACUAUGAUUUAUGCCCAAGGCACAUUUUGUCAAAAACUGUGGAAAAUAUGUUUGUAAUAGCACCAUUUGUCCAUUGGGUGGCACUGCAGUCCUGUUUGCGGCUGGAAAGCACACGAAUGAGUCGUGGUGCAUUUUUGGAUCCGUUUCAUGGCGAGACACUUAAAACACUCAUUCAAAGAUUGAAAUAAAAUGUGCCAGCUCUUGUUUAAAUCUAUCAGUUUUUCCUCGUAUAUGUGUUAAACA